CUAUCCCAUUAGAUGUAUUAGAAUAUUCACGUCCGAUAUUUUUCCAUCUCUGUCUCAUCUCCCUCAUAAUUUCCAGCUUUCCAUAAGUUGAUAUGCUGUGUCUAUAAAAUAACCAGCUAACUCUACGUCUCCUCCAGGCACCACCCAGCUAGCGAAAUGGCUAAUUUCUUCUACGCACUCGCUUGUCUUGUUGUUUUGUCUCCUACCCUUCUUUCAAUGCCUUCAGCUACUUCCUAUGCACCGUUUGAGCCCAACGACAAGGAUCGAAUUCAGUUUGCUUUCAAUUUGGAAUUCUUUGAAGCAGAAUUCUUCUUGUUUGGUGCACUUGGUAAAGGGAUUGAUGCUAUUGACCCAGAUUUCGCAAAUGGUGGUCCUCCUCCGAUUGGAGCCCAAAAGGCCGAACUUGAUCCUGUUUCUCGUCAAAUUAUCGAGGAAUUUGGUUAUCAAGAACUCGGUCACCUCAGGGCAAUAAUACAAUCGGUUGGUGGAAUUCCAAGGCCUCUAUAUGAUCUCAGAGCUCAAAAUUUUGCCGGAGUUUUUGACGAAGCAAUCGGCUACAAAUUGGAUCCUCCAUUUAAUCCUUAUCUCAAUACUGUCAACUAUCUCCUAGCAAGUUAUGUUAUCCCUUAUGUUGGAUUGGUUGGAUACGUUGGGACCAUUCCAAAUCUAGCCAAUUUCACUAGUAGAAGCCUUGUUGCGUCACUAUUGGGAGUAGAGGCAGGACAAGAUGCAGUGAUACGAACGCUGCUGUAUGAGAGAGCUCAUGAGAAAGUGCAGCCUUAUAAUAUUACUGUGGCAGAGUUCACUACUGGAAUAUCAAAUCUAAGGAACAAGCUUGGCAAUACUGGGAUUAAAGAUGAAGGUCUAAUUGUACCUUUGAAGUUGGGAGCAGAGCAGAAGACUAGCAGCAACAUUUUAUCAGCAGAUGCAGAUUCCCGUUCUUAUGCCCGCACACCACCGGAGCUUUUAAGGAUAAUUUAUGGAACUGGCAGCGAAUAUAAACCUGGUGGUUUUCUGCCUAACGGUGGAAAUGGUAAUAUUGCUAGGAGUUUUCUGCACAAAGUUUAGGGAGCUAGAUGAAUUGCAAGAAUUUCCAUUAAGUAAUCCUGAUGUCCGAAAUAUUUUGUAUCAAAUAAGAGAAUCAACUUGCUUUCUUCA